UCCUUCCUCCCUUGCCACCAUAAAUAGAAACUACCCCAGACACAUUACUAUUCCUCCAACAUAAUCCAAUGCAGGCAAAAGCCACCGCGCGGACUUGAUCCAGCAGUCUAAUAAUGGCUUCAUAUUUCCCUUCAUCAACGUCCGUGGAAUAUCGAUAACACGACGGAUGCGCGCACUUUCCGUCUAAUGGAAAACAACGAACUCUGCAUGGUGAAAAGUGAGAAUUGAGGUGAAAUCUCGCAAAGGACAAGUUUUUUUUUUUUUUUUUGCAAGCGUGGACUUUGGCUUGAACAUUUAAGCUUGUGGUGUAAAACACCAGCACUCAGGCUGCGCAGGAGCAUCCCCCCCUCAGCUUGGGAGGAGAGGGGGAGACUCACGCAUUGAUACGGAGGCGCAGCGAGGGAUGCGCCGGCUCAAAGUGAGGCGGAAAGUCCGAUAUGUUUCCAUCUCCAUCUUUUUUCCUCACCUUUUUGGAAUAAAACCCUUAAACGACAAAUAGAUUUUUUCUUAUCUCAGAUAUUCUUUGACGAGCUGUGCUUCAGGGCACUUACUUUCCGGCGUCGACCUGUAAUCUUUUUGAGAUCUUGAUAUUUUUUCUCCCUCCCCGCCGUUUUAUUAAUGUAGAAUCUCUUUCAUUCUUAUUGCAGCACAAGUGAUAUCUGUUUUCUCUCUAAUCUAUAACUCUCUUAAAUGUAUUUCUUGGGGUAGAGGUUGAUGAAGCUUGGCUCAAAAGGGGGAAAAAGCUUUUAAAAUUUUUGAAAAAAGAAAGACAAGAACUCCUGUGGAUUUGACUGUGACCCCCCCAGCGUCUGGAUGCUGAGAAGAAUCCACUUUCCUUUCCAAUGAAACAUUCUUGCAUUCUCAUUUUGUGGAUCUAUUCAGGACUCAGCGCAGCCUUUUAGUUUGUAUCGCACUUAUUUCUGAGAUCCACGAUGUGCUCCGUCGGGAAAUACUGCGUGUUUUUGCUCCUGCUUAAAAGUAUCCUGUCGGACUCGGGAACACAGAACCAAGUGGUUCUGUUGGACACCACAACAGUGCUAGGAGAACUGGACUGGAAGACCUAUCCUGUCAACGGGUGGGAUGCCAUCACAGAGAUGGAUGAGCAGAACAGACCUAUUCACACCUUCCAGGUCUGUCAUGUAAUGGAGCCAAACCAGAACAACUGGCUGCGGUCCGGAUGGAUCCAGCGGCAAGCGGCACAGCGGGUGUAUGUGGAGCUGCGAUUCACCCUGAGAGACUGCAACUCCAUUCCUUGGGUGUCUGGAACCUGUAAAGAGACCUUCAACCUCUUUUACCUGCAGGCAGAGGAGCCACUUCCUGCAGGGACACGUUUUAGGCCCACUGACUAUGCCAAGGUUAGUGGCCGCACCCUGCGUGAAAUAGUCUUCGAUGACGGUGCCGCUUUCCCCCCAUUAGAAGUGAACCGAGUGCUGUUUUGCUUUAAGGUGGACACCAUCGCAGCAGAUGAAAGCUUUACACAGACAGACCUUGGAGAUCGUGUUCUCCGCCUCAAUACUGAAGUCAGAGAAGUGGGACCGGUGACACGGAAGGGCUUCUACUUGGCCUUUCAGGAUGUGGGAGCGUGCAUUGCCCUCGUGUCUGUCAAGGUGUUUUACAAACGCUGCCCGUCGACUUUGAGGAAUCUGGCAGCAUUUCCAGACACAGUGCCGCACAUGGACUCAUCGUCUCUGGUGGAAGUGCGAGGCGCGUGUGUUGAAAAUGCAGAAGAGAGGGACACACCUAAGCUGUACUGUGGUGCUGAUGGAGACUGGCUGGUGCCACUGGGCCGCUGCGUCUGUAGCAUCGGCCACGAAGAGACGGAUGGUCACUGCAGAGCUUGUCGGCCUGGAUUCUUCAAGGCAUUUGCAGGGAACACCAAAUGCUCCAAGUGUCCUCUUCACAGCUCCAGCCAUGACCAGGCAGCCACCAUCUGUCACUGUGAUAAGAGCUUCUACAGGGCUGUCAAAGACCCCACCUCGAUGCCUUGCACAAGGCCUCCAUUAGCUCCCAGGAACCUGGUCUCACUAAUCAACGACACGGCACUCUUCUUGCAGUGGUUGCCUCCCAGUGAUACAGGGGGCAGAAGCGACAUCACCUACAACAUCCUGUGCCAGCGUUGUGAUGGAGGAGACAGCGGCUUUACGCAGUGUGAGCCAUGCGAGCCGGACCUGCGCUUCAUCCCGCGGCCACUCGGUAUCACGGGCACCUCCGUAGCAAUACUAGAUUUCGCAAUGCAAGCCAACUACACCUUUCAUGUGGAAGCCGUGAAUGGCGUCUCUGGGCUGGGCGUGGCCCCACGCUCGCUGGCCAAUGUCACCGUCAACACACACCAAGCUGGUCCUGCUUUUGUGGGUGUCGUUAGAAAAGACUGGUCCUCUCACAACAGCAUUGCCCUCUCCUGGUCAGAAAUGGAACAGACUUCAGACAUCGUGGAUUAUGACGUCAAAUAUUAUGAAAAGGAGCAAGAGCAGCUGAGCUACUCAUCAACACGGACCAAAGGUCCCAGCGUGGUGGUAACAGGACUCAGGCCCUCCACUGUUUAUGUCUUCCAUGUGCGCGCUCGUACUGCUGCUGGCUACACAGCUUACAGCCCCAACUUUGAGUUUGCAACUGCCGCUGAGGAUCCUGAUAUAGCUGAUCAGGGUCAGGUUCUGGUGGUUGUUACGGCAUCUGUAGGUGGCUUCUCCCUUUUGGUCAUCCUUACCCUCUUCCUGCUCAUCACUGGACGAUGUCAGGGAUACAUCAAAGCCCGGAUGAAGUCGGAGGAGAAGAGGACUCGCUUCCACAGUGGGCAUGUUCCAUUCUCUGGAAUAAAGACCUAUGUGGAUCCUGACACAUAUGAAGACCCCACUCAGGCUGUAGAGGAGUUUGCUAAAGAGAUAGACCCCUCCUACAUCUGCAUCGACAGAGUGAUUGGCGCUGGUGAAUUUGGAGAAGUGUGUAGUGGUUGUUUGCGUAUACCUGGCAGGAAGGAUGUCGCCGUAGCAAUAAAGACACUUAAAGGUGGCUUUAUGGAGCAUCAGAGACGCGAGUUUCUGCGUGAGGCCUCAAUCAUAGGACAGUUCAACAACUCCAACAUCAUCAGGCUGGAGGGAGUAGUCACCAGGAGUAGACCGGUAAUGAUUGUAGUGGAGUACAUGGAAAAUGGAGCACUGGACACUUUCCUUAGGACACGCGAUGGUCAGUUCACAGUGCUCCAGCUUGUGGGCAUGCUGCGUGGCAUUGCAGUCGGCAUGACCUACCUUUCAGACAUGGGAUACAUUCACAGAGACCUGGCUGCUCGUAACAUCCUGGUGGAUGAGAACUUGGUGUGUAAGGUCUCUGAUUUCAGCAUGUCCCGUGUCCUCGAGGAUGACUCUGAAGCCACCUACACAGCAACAGGUGGGAAAAUACCAAUACGCUGGACAGCACCAGAGGCUAUUGCGUAUGGAAAGUUUUCCUCGGCUAGUGAUGUCUGGAGCUAUGGGAUUGUCAUGUGGGAAGUGAUGUCAUAUGGAGAGAGGCCUUACUGGGAAAUGUCCAAUCAAGAUGUCAUUUUAUCCAUAGAAGAGGGAUAUCGCCUCCCAGCACCCAUUGACUGUCCUGUGAACCUGCACCAGUUGAUGUUGCACUGCUGGCAGAAGGAGUCUGGCCAACGGCCACAUUUCACUGACGUGCUCUCUUUCCUUGACAAAGUCAUAAUCAGUCCCAGUAAUCUACUGAGUUUGGUCAAUGAUGCCCUGAGUUUCCCCGACUCCCCAGAGGAAAUGCCAGACUACCCUCUUUUCAUCUCUAUCGGCGACUGGCUUGAUUCCAUCAAAAUGAGCCAGUAUAAGAACAACUUCCUUGCUGCAGGAUACACGACACUGGAUUCUAUUUCCACCAUGAGUAUAGAUGACAUCAAACGCAUUGGGGUCAGUUUGAUUGGCCACCAGAGGAGAAUCAUAAGCAGCAUACAGUCUCUUCGCCUGCAGCUUCACCACAUCCAUCAGAGUGGCUUUCAAGUGUAAGACCAGAGCAGGAAAUCAGACUGUGUUUCUACAAGAAGCUGGAGUUCCUUGGCAUCAUCAUUCAACAAACUGCACUAACACCAGACUGUUUGGUGUUGCCGGUACCAUAUGCUGCUCAUGAGAGAACGGUCCGCUACUAGACUACAUGGUGUCUAGUUAACAUGUGCUCAUCAUCUUACGGAUCAUCUCAUGGACAGACUCCACAACAGCCCACCUCUUUCAAUGUUGGCCAAAUAUGGUCUCUUUAUUAUCUCAGCAAGUUCUAGCAUUCACUUGAAUUUAGGACUUCUUCUCUCUAGUGUCUAUUCAAUUGUUCACCAAUACCUCUUCUCUUUCCAAGUGACAAUCCAAUGGUUUUGUUGACUUUGAAUGGUUUCAAGUCUGUUACCUCAUGACCAGGUGAGAUGAGAGGUGGAUAUAUCUUGUGGUGAUCUAUGGACACUAUGUGGAUUUAAUAAUUCCAGCUGGUUUAGGAAACAAGUUGCGAAAAAAUAAAGAUUGACCAAGAAUGGUAAUUACACUUGUGUUUUCUGAACUGAAGACCGCUGAAUGUCAAAAGAUUUUAUAGAAAUGUAUGUUCUCUCCACAUGAUAAUGCAGUAUGUCUUGUAUAUAAAGUCUUGUGAAAGUUGUAUGUUUUAUUCAGUGGGUUUGUUCCUAAUAAACAA